AAAAAACCACUUCCGGGUCAAAGCUAACAAAUCCGAGCCAGAUCCGAUCUGAUCUCUGACAGCUCUGAAGUUGGGAUUUCAUUUGCUCAACACGUCUGUGAUUAAAGAAAUCUCGAGAAACUGAUCUCCCGCAGACCGAAGAGAUAACAUGGCUACUACCAUCAGCACCCAGCGGGGACAGGUGUACAUUGGGGAGCUUCCCCAGGACUUCCUGCGGAUCACCCCCACCCAACAGCAGCAGCAGGUGCAGCUGGAUGCGCAGGCGGCCCGCCAGCUGCAGUACGGAGGCUCCAUGGCAACUGUGGGGCGACUCAGCAUCACAGUGGUGCAGGCGAAGCUGGCUAAGAACUACGGGAUGACCCGGAUGGAUCCGUACUGUCGGGUCCGGCUGGGCUACGCAGUGUACGAGACCCCCACUGCUCACAAUGGAGCCAAGAACCCUCGCUGGAACAAGGUGAUCCAGUGCACCGUGCCCCCGGGGGUGGACUCCUUCUACCUGGAGAUCUUUGAUGAGAGAGCAUUCUCCAUGGACGACCGGAUAGCAUGGACUCAUGUCACCAUCCCUGACAGCCUGCGGGGGGGCAGCGUGGUGGACGAGUGGUUCACCCUCAGCGGUCGGCAAGGCGACGACAAAGAGGGCAUGAUCAACCUGGUGAUGUCUUUCGCUUCCUUACCUGCAGGUAUGGUGACCCAGCCCGUCGUCCUGAUGCCCUCUGUGUACCAGCAGGGGGUGGGAUACGUGCCCAUUGCAGGAGUGCCUGCAGUCUACAACCAGGGCAUGGUGCCGAUGGGGAUGCCCGCAGCCGUGCCCGCUGUGGGGGGCCCGGGGCCGGUGUGCAGCGAGGAGGACCUAAAGGCUCUGCAGGACAUGUUCCCUAACCUGGACCCCGAGGUGGUCCGCACCGUGCUGGACGCCCAGCAGGGUAACAAGGACGCUGCUAUCAACUCGCUGCUGCAGAUGGCCGAGGAGCUCUAACUGCAGACCAUGGCUCACAGCGGACAUACACACACACACAAACACACACACACACACACUUGCACGCACACGCCCACUGCAGCCACAGAGAUGUUUCCUGUCCCUCUAUUGAUUCCUGCGCUACGAUGAGAGGAUGCUUAAGGUUUGUAUCGGUGUGUGUCCUUCCUGCUCAGCGUUUGAUUUGCACUGUCUGAGCUGUAGUGAGUCCUGUCGUUAAUAUGAUGAGUCCCCCAGGUCUGUAGAGCCCUGCAGAGGACUUCUGUUGUUUUACAUGUCGCUGUACAGUGUUUAAUGCAGAGCUCAACAUCUGGUAAAUUAUUAUGGAUGUAUAAAUUAUAUAGAAUAUAUGGUGAUGAGUCAACGAAGAAACGCCCUGAGGCAAUGCCAUGAGUCAUGUUUCAUAGUGACCCAAUCAAUCCUCUGCAAAGUUUUGAUGCCACCAAUUUACCAAUCAGUGCGGUCAGGAUGUGGAAACAGUUUUUAAAGUAAUAUCCGGUGUGUGUAUAUAUAUAUGAGAGUUUUGAUAAAAACACAGUAAGCUGUGAUGAACAUUGUCUGGAGAGAUUUGCUCUAACUUUUAAAGAGAUAAGUAUUCACCGCUGUAUGAGUGCCCCCUGAGUCGUGAGGCUGGGGACCCCACUGCAGGUUCAUCCCCAUAUGACUAAACUAUUUAGUAUACCUGAAAAAUAUUUAGUAGGUCAGACACAGAAUGCCAAAAAUACCACACCUUCUGACUGUUCACUGGAUAGAAGAUAUGAGAGCAAGAGGGUCAAUAUGUUCCCGCAGUAUGUAGUGAAAUAAAGUUGAUCUAUUGUUUAUGGUGACCCCCCCACCAUCAGAUUAAAGCUUGUACAUGAGGACCAAGCAGCUUCAUACCCACAGUGUGAUGUGAGCUUCAAACACUUCCUGAUUCCCACAGCUCAGCUCUGUCCUGCAGCUUUCCUCCCACCUGUGCGCCGAGUCUGCCGCUGCCUGCCAAAGGUUCAUGAGAGAGAUGUCAUCUGAUGGACUUUACUGUCACUCAUUAUUACUUCACUAUGUCUGUGAUUCUGUUCUUUCAGCAUCUGGAAAUCCUUGCAGUUUAAUUUAUUAAAUUGAUUAUUAGAAUCUUUUGUCAUUUAUCGUCAUAAACCGCAGGUGUUUAAAUCUUCAUGUGACUGAAAUAGCUUUAGGAAGAGUGGUUUUAGGGGGGUUCAGAAGAAAGCACAGCUACAGUCAGCUCCAUACAGGAAGCAGAAUGAUUAUCUUUGUUAAAACAAGAAAAAUAUGCUCAUAAAAAAUAGUUCACAGUAACAACUCAUUGUCAUGUUCAUGUACGCAGCACGGUGUCCUGUAUCAAUAUACCUGCAGGUGUAAUAAACCUCAUCCCACCUCUG